CGUCAUUCGCGGUCUCAUGUUGAGAAGAUUCUGUUUGGCCUUUCUCAGUCCUUUCUCAGUCCUUUCUCUUGCCAAACAAUCCUUCUCUUCAACACCAGGAUGAUGACUUCUGCCAUCAUUUAGGCCCAAACGACAGAAAUGCCUUCCUUCACCAUCGAGGUAGAGGGCGAAACCAACCCGCUGACCAGGAAUGCCGUCAUAUCCACCCUCGAAAGCGCCUCACAUCCCACGGCUCAAGGCUUGAAAGUAGCUACACAGCAGAUUGGGAAUUGGGAAAGGUCACCUGGCUAUUAUGCCCUUCUUCAGGAUGUCUACGCCGAUUUCUCGCUCAGCCAAGAAGUUCGCUUGCAGGCCAUCAUUCAACUCAAGAACGGCAUCGACAAACACUGGCGCAAAACGUCCGUAAAUCCUAUCAGCAAGGUUGAGAAGGAACAGAUCAGAUCGAGAUCUAUCGAAGUGGGCGUGCGCGAGCCUAUCUCUGCCCUUGCACUCCAGAAUGCCCUGAUGCUUGCGAAGAUUGUCCGGUAUGAAUUUCCCCACGACUGGCCGGACGUCAUCAAUGUCAUAAUACAACACCUUCGAGCGGCAAGUGAAGACCUAAAUGCAAACCUUUAUAUCUCGAACAUUUUGACCAUUACCCUGCAAGUUAUCAAGGAGCUGGCAUCGGGACGUCUACAGCGCACGAAGAAGAGUCUUCAACUUGUAGCGCUGGAGCUUUUGCAAGUCCUAGGGCGCCUCUACGUUGGUUUGGUGGCUAAGUGGCAGUCAAGCGCUCAUCAAGCCGACCUGGCUAGCGCAGUCAGCAGUCAUUCAGCGCUCAAGACACUGCGGCGACUCCUCAUCGUUGGCUUUGAGAAUCCUCAUCGGGAAGACGCUGUCAAGCAAUUUUGGGAUCUCCUGCAGACGCACCAACAAGCUUUUUGGGCAGCAUACAGCCAAGCACUUCCGGAAGACGCUCGAAGCAUGCUAUUGAAGCAUCUGCUCCAACUGGCCAAGUUGUAUCUCGACAUGGCUCGAAAUCACCCGGCCUCCUUUGUCCUUCUUGGCUGCAUGGACGUCUUGAACCGUUCCUGGUUGAUAAUCAGCCAGAGCGAAGCUAGGCAGCCACCUUUGCAGGGUAACUUUGAUUGGAACGUGUACCGCAGUGGCGACAAUGUCGAGGAGUCACCAAUAGAGAAGCUUUGCUUGAAAGCCCUAUUACUAUUUCGUGCUUGCCUGAAGAUGGUCUUCAACCCUGUCCAAACGUUCAAAUAUGUCACCCCAGAGGACAAGCAAGACAGAAAAGCCGCAGUCGACUACGUCAAAAACACGGUGCUUACCCAAGACUUCGUUCUUCGACUUAUGGAGCUUUUGGUGACCCAAUAUUUCAUCCUUCGGCCGUCCGACUUGCGAGAUUGGGAGCAGGAGCCGGAUGAGUGGGAACGCCGAGAGGAAGAAAUUGCAGAUGCAUGGGAGUUCUCCAUUCGCUCAUGUUCGGAAAAGUUGUUCCUAGAUCUUGUCAUCAACUUCAAAGAGCUUCUGGUUCCACGGUUAGUCCAAGUGUUCCAUCAAUACGCUACCACUUCAAACACCGAUGUGCUUCUGAAAGACAGCCUCUACUCGGCCAUUGGCAUAGCAGCCGCAUGUCUGGAAGAUGUCCUUGACUUCAAUACUUUCCUCCGGGAAACCUUGGUGCAAGAAGUGCAGAUGAACCAGCCAAAUUACAACCUCCUUCGACGGCGAACUGCAAUUUUACUAGGCCAAUGGGUCCCAAUCAAGGCGGAAACACUCGAUCGAAUUGCAGUGUAUCAAAUAUUCACACAUUUGCUUUCCAGCAAAGAGCCACUCAAUGACCAUGUGGUUCGAGUGACAGCAGGACGGCAGUUGCGUCUUGUGUUGGAGCCCUUUGAAUUCAGCUACUCCGAUUUCAGACCCUACGCUACACCUUUGCUAGAAGGCGUCAUGUCUCUCAUCACUGAGACUGAACUAUCCGAGACAAAGAUGGCAUUGCUCGAGACGGUUAGAGUGGCGGUCACGAGGUUGGAAGGCCAUAUAGAACCGUACGCACAGGGCAUAAUGUCGAUGCUUCCGCCGUUGUGGACAGAAUCUGGCGAAGAACACUUGAUGAAACAAGCAAUAUUGACCUUGAUCACCGCAAUUGUCAACAGUCUUGGGCAGAAGAGCCUUGCUUACCAUGGGCCCAUUCUACCCUUGAUUCAUGACUCAAUCCAACCACAGUCGGAAGCAAUUGUGUAUCUACUUGAGGAGGCCCUCGAACUGUGGGCUGCAAUCGUACAGCAGACUCCAACGGAACAUGCCUCUUCAGAUCUGCUAUCCCUCUCUCAAUCUCUCCUUCCACUGUUGGAUAUGGGCGGUGAACUUCUACGGCAGAUAUUUGAGCUCACCGAAUCCUAUACGAUAUUGUCGCCCACUACGGUUCUGUCUCCUCAAUUUCUGACGCCGCUCCUCAUAUCAAUGAAAUCCUUCUUGCCAGCUCUAUCAACUAGCCGAGCACGGGAUGCGUCAUUGGCACCUCAUGUACUUGAAAACCUUGUCGCUACCAUUUCGAUCGAGUCUCAGUCCGGUGUGAAUCCUCAACAGGCGCUUACACACGUGUUGGAAUCGAUGCUAAGUACCAACUAUCUGGCAUCGGUGAUGGAGCUCCUUAAGGAAGCAUACGAGUACCAUCAGGAUCCUCGUCCGAUUCGCAAACCACCAGACAUCAUUGGCCCGGGAGAGACCAGCCUUUUCGGUCUACUUGCACGCAUAGCACUGCUCUCACCAGACCAAUUCAUUCAAGCCGUGACCGCUACCGAUAUUACGUCAAGCGUUUCUACAUCAGCGUCAACUCCGUCGUCUGUUUCACCACCCGCCAAAUGGCUUUUGACAGAAUGGUUCCUCCACAUCGACACCAUAGGCGACAUCUUACGCAAGAAACUUCAGGUCCUUGCCCUCACAAACUUGCUUACUUGUACCGUGCCUCCACACUUUCCAACAUUCAUGCUCGAAAGCCUCGAGACACUGUUCACAAUUUGGACCGAUAUUUGUACGGAGCUCGGGCAAGAAGCAGCAGAUGAAUCCGAGGGUGACUACUUGUGGCAUAACCGCCACGGAAAUGGUGGAGAUGUCCCUGAGUGGCCGGAUGCAACGCCGGAGGAUGGACGAAAGAGAAUAUUGAGUAACCACGACCCAAUCUACACGAUGAAUAUACGCGAAUUCAUCGGGGCGCGGCUGAGACAGGUAAUUGAGAGGACAGGCGGGUUGGAGAAUUUUCAGCACCAUUGGCUCAGUCAAAUUGACGAAACGAUUGUUAAGAGCUUCGCGAACAUGAAGUUGUUGUGACACGGGAUUUGUAUUUAAUCGAGCAUCAUGGCAAUUGGAAACGACGGGACACGAGACUCACGCGAAAUGUUCUAAAACUGAUCCUAUCUCUCACCACGAGGAUGUUUGACCUGUUGUUACACGACCUCACCAAUGGACAAGUCCUGCUAUCAACAUUUGCUUUUACAGAUGGGUGUGGAGCUCUCGUGCUGGCGGUAUUCACGUUUAUUAGAGCCAACAAGGCGCCUGUGAUCGAUAAGUAAAGCCCAACACAAGAACAACUUCAGAAGGAGGGCAAAGGGGCCUAAUGAAAACAGAGCAUAUGUCGGGAGGGCUUCCAUGUACAGCUCACUUGAAUGAAGAAAGGUGGAGUGCCAGCUACGGGCUAUGAGACACCCAUAUCCAAUGCUUCC